AAGGCUGCAAAUCAAACAGUCAACAGUUCCUUUGCUGUCCUUGAUUUGAGAGUCGCCUGAUUUGGCUACAUGCUGCUGGACGACGCACAGCCGAGCACCCUGUUUCAAGUUGAGCUCGGCAGAGUGAGGAGAAAAUUUGUGGACAAAGUGUCCAAAGUACUGAUUAAGCAGCUCCUGGACGACCUUUUAGACGAUGGCGUCUUGAAUGAUGGCCAGAAAGACUCAAUAGUUGAGGAGUACAGCGCCACAGCAGACAAGGCACGCGUUCUCAUCGACACAGUGAAGAAGAAAGGAGACGAAGCCAGCAGGAAGCUGAUUGCUCACAUUCACAGCAGAGAUUCAACACUGUACUCUGAGCUGGGUCUGUCCUGUGUUCAACCUGCUCAGCCCGCUGCAGUGCGACCGAGUGAGCAGGAAUGGUCGAUCACCCUCAACCCUGCCACUGAGUCAUUCUGGAUGGACAAAGUGAAAGAUAACAAUGUUUACCCUGUGGACAAAAAAUCCAUUAAGAACCGUGUGGCCCUGCUGAUCACUAAUAUAAAGUUUACUGAUGAGAAGAUGAACAGAAAUGGAGCUGACAAGGACGAGGAGAACAUGGAGAAACUGCUCACGGCUUUGAAAUAUGAGGUGGUGAAAUACACAAACCUCACAGGAAAGGCGAUUGAUGAUGCUAUACUUAAGUUCUCUAAACAUCCGAAACUCAAAGAGACAGAUAGUGUGAUAGUGGUCAUCAUGUCUCAUGGGAAACUGGGAAAAGUCCUCGGUGUCGACUGGAAAAAGGGUGAUGAGAAACCAGAUGAGUUCCUCAUCGACAACAUUUACAAACACUUGGGCUCAGAGAAAUGUCCAGCGCUGCUGGACAAACCCAAGAUCAUCAUCAUCCAGGCGUGCAGAGGAGAGGAGGAAGGAUCAGCAUUUGUUAGAGAUGUGGUCAGUGAUGAUGCGUCACAGUCAAAUGUGCCCCCGCCUGCUGAUGAAGACAACUUAGAGGCUGAUACGGUGAAAUGUGUACACAAAGAAAAAGACUUUACUGCUCUUCUUUCCUGCACUCCUGAUACUGUCUCAUAUAGACAAAGAGAUCUGGGGUCUUUUCUCAUCCAGUAUAUUGUUGAGGUAUUUAACACCUUCGCGCAUAAGGAUGACAUUGAGGAACUCUUCAGAAAAAUGAUGUCACACAAUGAUCCUCCUUUGAGUAUGGGGGCAACUGGAAGUGAUCUGUUCCCUGAGCAUGACUGGAUUAAACUUGAGCCUGAAGUGAACUGUGUGGAUGCAGACGAUGCUCCAACUUACAGCCUGCAGUCUGAAGCAGGUGCCUUUGAAUGCAGUGUCUCUGGCUUGUGCUGGGUUUGUAAGGAAAAGGUCAGCUUCAGGUACCAGUUUGGCUCUUGGGAGGGGCACUUGGACAGAAUGAAAACCAUGCAGUACAUCCCUGGAGGUCCCCUACUGGACAUUACAGUCAUUGCUGGAAAGUUAGAUGAAGCACAUUUGCCACACUGGAUCUGCACAGAAGACAACCCUACAGUUUUAGACAAGUUUGCAGUCCUCCACAUAGAUACAUGUGGAGACAUUGUGAUCUGGCUCUAGAAGAGAAAAUACAGAACAAGGAAUUAUCCAGUGGAUACAAAAUGAUCCAAAAGCCAUACCCAGCAAAAUCCCUGAAAAUGCGUGACUAUUUCACCCUCACAGCUGAUAAGGACACUGCAGUAAUUUACCCUGAGAAAUUAAAGCUCAUAUAUGAAUGGUGUGGCCCAAACUUCUUCGAAGUGUUCAUUGACGAACCUGACAGUAAUUUCCAGCUCGGACUCACACACAGAACAAGUGGACAAGUGUGGACCUGUGCGAUUCGAAAAGAUGACUAUCAAAACACUGGUGAUGUUCCGGUGAUGUCUGGUAAGACAUAAUAUAUAAUGAGUACUCAGUAGAAAUACACAUUAGGGCUGCACGAUACAUCGUUUAAACAUUGUCAUCGCAGGACGUGCAAGGUUUUCUCUUUUUUUUGAACAUGUAAACUUUUGUUUUGCUUCAGAAAAGCAGCUCUGAAGCUCCGCUCGUUGCUCCGUUCCACUCGCCUCUCUCUCUCUGUCUCUCGCCUCUCUGAGCACGCAGCAGCCCCUCCCCCUCUCACGCACAUGCUGCAGUCACACUGAAAACGAGCGACAUGCAGGGAGGAUUUAUGCCUGGUACACACUACACGACUUUUCUGCCCGUUCUGAAAGUCACUGUCACAUUACAUGACUGUGGAGUCAUAAAAUCGUGCCGUGACUUGGCCGACAGACAUGGUACACUGAUAGAGCUGCUCUUAUUUUUCAUAUUUUUGUUGAAAAGAUGUUUACUACUUCGCUGCUGUUUUUCAAAGAGAUUUUUAUUUCAUUGUUGGAUUUGUGUGAACCACUUGGGGCUGAUGCAGCUGCUCUUUUAUUUGUAGAUUUGUUUAAAAGAUGUUUACUACUUAAAAUAAAGUGUUAAAUAACGUC